ACUUACACAAGUGAAGUUCAUUCCCAAGUGACUUUUGAGUUGGGUUGAGAAAGCAAAAGCAAAAAUCUAUCUCCAUUUUUUCAUUUUGCCUAGGAGGAUCUACACGUUUAAAUUUGGAACAUCAUUGUUUUCUCGUUUUUGGUAAUAGUUUUAUGUUUCUUCUCUUAUGGGGUCCUUUGCUUUCCCCUUGUAACGCUCACAUAAAAGCUUAAAGAGGAAGCUUCCUUAUCAAGGUGAAGCUUUUGAAGAUUGCAGAAUGGGUCUCAGCAGACCUCACAAAGCUGGCAAUGGGGUCUCCACCAGAUGGGUUUCUCUCUUCUGCAUUGCCAGCUUCUUCUUGGGUGUUCUUGUUAUCAACAGGUUUUGGGCUAUUCCUGAUCCGGAUAAACUGGAUGAGGAGGCUUCAUCAAUGGAGAAACAUAAAUCAAGAGCUCUUAAUCCCACAGACGACUGUGAGAAGAAGGCAACGAUUGUUCGGGCGGGGGACAUCCUUUCUCAAGUUUCACAAACACAUGAUGUGAUCAUGACAUUAGACAAAACAAUCUCCUCAUUAGAGAUGCAGCUAGCUGCAGCUAGAGCUGCCAAAGUUAAUGAUGAUGAGGGAUCUCCAGUGGUUACAAAUUCAGGAAGUGAGCAAUUCAAGGAUCGCCCGAAGGUAUUCUUUGUUAUGGGAAUCAUUACUGCAUUCAGCAGCAGAAAGCGGAGGGAUUCAAUUAGAGAGACAUGGAUGCCCCAAGGUGAAGAAUUAAGGAAGUUGGAAAAAGAGAAGGGAAUUAUAAUGCGGUUUGUUAUAGGACACAGUGCAACUCCAGGUGGUGUAUUGGAUCGCGCUGUUGAUGCAGAAGACGAGCAACAUAAGGAUUUCUUACGACUGAAUCACAUAGAAGGAUAUCAUGAAUUGUCAACAAAAACUCAAGUAUACUUUUCAACAGCUGUUGCUAAGUGGGAUGCUGAUUUCUAUAUAAAAGUUGAUGAUGAUGUUCACAUAAAUCUUGGUAUGGUUGGUUCUACCUUGGCCCGCCAUAGAUCAAAACCACGGGUUUAUUUGGGUUGUAUGAAGUCUGGACCUGUCCUGUCACAGAAAGGGGUCAAAUAUCACGAACCAGAGUACUGGAAAUUUGGUGAGGAGGGAAAUAAGUACUUUAGGCAUGCAACAGGGCAAAUCUAUGUGAUCUCCAAAGAUUUGGCCACAUAUAUUUCUGUGAAUCGGCAAGUACUUCAUAAAUAUGCAAAUGAAGAUGUCUCUUUGGGUUCUUGGUUUAUUGGUCUUGAUGUUGAGCACAUUGAUGAUCGGAGCCUCUGCUGUGGGACACCUCCUGAUUGUGAAUGGAAGGCUCAAGCUGGAAAUCCUUGUGCUGCAUCAUUUGACUGGAGCUGCAGUGGCAUAUGCAAAUCAGUGGAAAGAAUGGAGGAGGUACACCAGCGGUGUGGGGAGGGUGAUGAAGCUAUCUGGCACACCAGUUUCUGAAACAUCUCCCUGUCGGUUGUAAAAUAUGUGAAUGUGUGGUCAAAUGGGUGGUUUAGAUAAAAACUCCAUCUGCCCGAUUUUUGUCUAUCGAUGCCUCGGGACCGUUGGUAUAUAAUUAAAUUAAUUACUGCACAUAUGGAUUCUCGAGUCAGGAAAUAUGAUGCAAAUUCUUUAGUUCCAA